AUGUACUUCAGGUCAUUGACAAAAGUACUUGGAGAACUUGCGGAUACCGCUCCCUCCGAAGUGAACCGAUCGCCUCCUUCCGUUCUUCACCAUGACCUUUUAGAUGUCCCUUUUCCUUCAGCUAAUCAAUCAGCUACUUUGAAUUUUCACCACCCCAAUAUAACGAGAAAGACUCUGCAGGAUUUCUUCGCUAUGCUGAGGAACGGUGACCGUCCAAACGUGACGUCUUCGACGGAAUUAAGCGAAGCAUUUUCGAUAUUGGAUUCGAUGGAUAACAGCACCGACAACACUCUGGCCCGCUUGUUGGAACUUGGUCGUUUGCAUAACAUUAGUGGAAAUUUUUCCAACGCCAAUUUGACGGAACUGGUGGAUAUGUUCGCUAACCGCAGUGCUCGCGGCUGGGGAUCAUACGGCGGCGGUGGAUACGGUGGCGGAUACGGGGGAGGGUCGUACGGAGGCGGUUAUGGCGGAUGGGGCGGUGGCUACGGCGGCUGGGGCUCGGAUCCAUGGUGGUUGUUGCUCCUAAGACGGCAUCAUCACCAUCCGCCUCCACCACAGGCUAACCGUCAAACUAAUCCUGCAGAAGCUGGACUCCUGGCUCUUCUUGGCUUGGCGCUAAUCGCCCGGUUGCCCACUCAAGGCUAACAAAUAUAUGUGUACCUACGUAAUUCAAAAAUUAAGUUGCUGGGAUAAAAGAGUUUCAUUGCCUAAAAAAUAUUAAUUUUUUCAUGUGUCAGUAUAAUUACAAUGGUCAAGCUUAUAACUUUGUUUAUGUGAUGAAGUUGUACAUGUACAGAUAGUCGAGUUACAGCAUGUUUAAAAUUUAAUAUUGGCAGUUAUGUGAACUUGCGGCAAAACCAAAUGCAAAACUGUAUGCGCAGUUUAGGGAACUAAUUUUUCUGUUAUUUUGGUAAACUGAAAGAAA